AUGCUACUUGGUAUCACGAACGGAGGUUCAACUUUGUUCUGGUCGACACCAAUUUCAUCCACAAUUCUAUAUUCCAGUAUACCGUCUUCGAUUAAGGCAUCUAUCGUGGCGCGCCGAAACGAUGUGCCGAGAUAUAAGUCGUAUAGGACGCUCGGAGAUCUCGGAGAGGGUAAUGAAUUGGUGUUUGGCUCUGAUAAACGGUUCGAACUUAUCGACUUAUGGAGAAAAUUAGAUAGGAUCUUUCCUUUUAAAAAAGACCUAUUUCGUCUUAAUUUAAACGUUAUUGAGUCAGACGAUCCCUACUUGUUAAAUUCCCGUCGGAGACCUUAUAGUCCC